CAAAUCUUGUGAAGCCAUUCCUUCAAAAUUGCACAUUCCUGAUGAAACAUCUUCUUUACCUAUCCCAUCAGUCGAUUCAAAACUCCUUCUUGAUCAUGCCCCUGCUUCUGCUGAUCUACUAACCGAUUUUGAGACUUCGGUUCCUCCUCUUGAGCCUCCUACCAGCGAAGUUCCUGCUAUUUCUCCAGUUAUUUCUUCUCCACCUCGGCGAGCUGAUGCUGAGCCCGAGGAGCAUUUGACUAAGAAGAGGUGGAUGUAG